UUUGCUAGACUAUUUGAACAUUAACUGGCCUGGCUAUCCAUGUAUAGCCUACAUGUAUGUAGCUGGCUAUGUCUUUUAUUCAUUCUCUUUCACCAGAUCCAGGAUGAGCCGAGCAUCCAGCAGUAGGCUCUCUGAGCUCCCUCAAAGAGUUGAAAGCAACAGAAUGAGCAUGGUUUAUGCAACACCACAGAGGUAAGUUGGCAAACGAACAUAAAUGGAAGUUGCUUUAACAGCCUGUCAUAAAUAUCGGAUAUGUAUUUGCUAUUACAAUGACCAUAUCAAUAUUUGUUCCCAGCAAACAACCAUCCUUCGGAAAGUUGAACAUUCCUAAACCCCAGUCAGUGACAUCCGAGAGAAGAACCAGCUUUUUUGGUAGUCGGUAAGGUCCCUGCACUGAAGAAAAGACUGUUAAACACCUAGUUCUCUAUCACUGUCACCAUGCCAGACAAAGACUAUUCCUGUUAGUGAAACUAUAUGAUUGGGAGCCAUUUCACACUGCCAGUCAUUUUACACACAGCAAAGGCUAAAUGCUCUAAAUCGGUGGUUCCCAACUCCAGUCCUCGAGUACUCCCAACAGUGCACAUUUUUAUAAAUAACAAGAUAUGCCAAAUAACAGUCUCUAAAAACCACUUGAUGGCAAACAAAUCAGAUGAUUUGACCGUUCAGACAAGUCGCAUGGUCAGGAAUCAUAUUUGUGGCUUGAAAUUUCUAAAUCCAUGUGCUUUUUGGCUGUUCAGACUGCAGGAAAAAUAACAGAUUCUAAUCAGAUAUGCAAAAAAAUAGUUUUUGAGUCACUUCAAACUCCCAAUGUGAACAAGGCUUAAGUAGUACCAUAAAUGCUGAUGAACUCCUUUCAGGACCAGUGGGGCUGGCAUGGCUCGCAACAGCACCUUUGGAGCCUUUGGAGGUGCAGAGAAGAUGAAGGAUCCCCGGCCCUUACACGAUAAGGCCUAUGUUCAGCAGUGCAUCAGACAGUUGUGUGAGGUAUAGAUGGACUCCUAAUAGACACAGGUUUUUAAAACAGAAUCUCACUGAACUUUUAAGUCUUUCAAGACCGGGCCCAAUAUUUAUAAAGCAUCUCGGAUUAGGAGUUCUGAUCUAGGAUCAGUUUUGUCACUUUUACAUCCUCAUGAAUUAGAUUAUAUGAACGGGGGGGGGGGUCUGGUCCUAGAUCACUAGACACUUUGUACGGCCAUUUCCCUUGUUCUCCUCCAGUUUCUGUCAGAGAAGGGCUUUCCAGGUUCAAUGUCGGUCAAGUCUCUCCAGUCGCCCUCCACCAAGGAGUUCCUAAAGAUCUUUGAGUUCAUCUACUGCCUCCUGGACCCCACCUUCCAGAUGCCCACCUCCAAAGUGGAGGAGGAGGUCCCCAGGAUUCUCAAAGACUUGGGGUAAAUGAGCUCAUUCUGCCAUACAUGUUAAAAAUGGUCUGUGUCCCAAAUGGCAUCCCUAUGGGCCCUGGCCCAAAGUAGUGCACUAUAUAGAGAAGAGGGUGCUAUUUGGGACACAGAUAUGAUCAUUUGCUGUUUGCAUCUUGUUUUUGCACGCUGGCCCGUUCCUCGUUCUAGUAUACUGACUGUAUAUUUCUGAUUGCAGGUAUCCAUUUGCGCUCUCCAAAAGUUCCAUGUACUCUGUUGGGGCACCACAUACCUGGCCACAGGUCUUGGGGGCUGUUGUCUGGCUCAUCGAUACUGUGAAGGUGGGUAUUAGUACAGCAGAAUCCUACCUAAUCUCUAAACUCAUUAAUAACCUUACCUGUCUACAUGAAGGUUUGAAUAAUGAUUUCCAUUAGUCGACAGCCAUGGCGACCGCUAGUCUUACUGGGCUUCGACAUAACAAAAUACUUUACAAUUUACAUACAUUUAAAAACAUUAACAUGUGUGUGCAUCUAUCAGUUACACAUACAGUGGGAAGAACAAGUAUUUGAUACUCUGCCGAUUUUGCAGGUUUUCCUACUUACAAAGCAUGUAGAGGUCUGUAAUUUUUAUAAUAGGUACACUUCAACUGUGAGAGACAGAAUCUAAAACAAAAAUCCAGAAAAUCACAUUGUAUGAUUUUUAAGUAAUUAAUUUUUUCAUUUUAUUGCAUGACAUAAGUAUUUGAUACAUCAGAAAAGCAGAACUUAAUAUUUGGUACAGAAACCUUUGUUUGCAAUUACAGAGAUCAUACGUUUCCUGUAGGUCUUGAUCAGGUUUGCACACACUGCAGCAGGGAUAUUGACCCACUCCUCCAUACAGACCUUCUCCAGAUCCUUCAGGUUUCGGGGCUGUCGCUGGGCAAUACGGACUUUCAGCUCCCUCCAAAGAUGUUCUAUUGGGUUCAGGUCUGGAGACUGGCUAGGCCACUCCAGGACCUUGAGAUGCUUCUUACGGAGCCACUCCUUAGUUGCCCUGGCUGUGUGUUUCAGGUCGUUGUCAUGCUGGAAGACCCAGCCACGACCCAUCUUCAAUGCUCUUACUGAGGGAAGGAGGUUGUUGGCCAAGAUCUCGCGAUACAUGGCCCCAUCCAUCCUCCCCUCAAUACGGUGCAGUCGUCCUGUCCCCUUUGCAGAAAAGCAUCCCCAAAGAAUGAUGUUUCCACUUCCAUGCUUCACGGUUGGGAUGGCGUUCUUGGGGUUGUACUCAUCCUUCUUCUUCCUCCAAACAUGGAGAGUGGAGUUUAGACCAAAAAGCUCUAUUUUUGUCUCAUCAGACCACAUGACCUUCUCCCAUUCCUCCUCUGGAUCAUCCAGAUGGUCAUUGGCAAACUUCAGACGGGCCUGGACAUGCGCUGGCUUGAGCAGGGGGACUUUGCGUGCGCUGCAGGAUUUUAAUCCAUGACGGCGUAGUGUGUUACUAAUGGUUUUCUUUGAGACUGUGGUCCCAGCUCUCUUCAGGUCAUUGACCAGGUCCUGCCGUGUAGUUCUGGGCUGAUCCCUCACCUUCCUCAUGAUCAUUGAUGCCCCACGAGGUGAGAUCUUGCAUGGAGCCCCAGACUGAGGGUGAUUGACCGUCAACUUGAACUUCUUCCAUUUUCUAAUAAUUGCGCCAACAGUUUGAUGCCUUCUCACCAAGCUGCUUGCCUAUUGUCCUUUAGCCCAUCCCAGCCUUGUGCAGUUCUACAAUUUUAUCCCUGAUGUCCUUACACAGCUUUCUGGUCUUGGCCAUUGUGGAGAGGUUGGAGUCUGUUUGAUUGAGUGUGUGGACAGGUGUCUUUUAUACAGGUAACAAGUUCAAACAGGUGCAGUUAAUACAGGUAAUGAGUGGAGAACAGGUCUGUGAGAGCUGGAAUUCUUACUGGUUGGUAGGUGAUCAAAUACUUAUGUCAUGCAAUAAAAUGCAAAUUAAUUACUUAAAUCAUACAAUGUGAUUUUCUGGAUUUUUGUUUUAGAUUCCAUCUCUCACAGUUGAAGUGUACCUAUGAUAAAAAUUACAGACCUCUACAUGCUUUGUAAGUAGGAAAACCUGCAAAAUCGGCAGUAUAUCAAAUACUUGUUCUCCCCACUGUACAUGUCAGUACAUACACACAAAGGUAGGUCACAUGGGGGAGAGGCGUUGUGCUGUGAUUUUAUUUGUUUUUUGAAACCAGGUUUGUUGUUCACUUGCGCUGUAUGAGAUGGAAGGGAGUUCCAUGCAACCAUGGCUCUGUAUAAUACUGAAUGUUUCCUUGAAUUUGUUCUGGUUAUUGUUUUACAGAUCUUUUGCUGUAUGAGUGAACAGGACCUGCUCUUUGCUGAUUUCUCUGACGGAAGCACCGAGAUUGAGGAGGGGGUUGAGUUCAACAAGGUACAGAGCCAAUUUACUCACAACAAAACAAUUUAGGAUGUUAGGCCUCUAUUUGAUCCUGCACUUUCCCCUCCGUUUCUAGCUCUUUCUGGACUACACUGCUGAAACCUACAAUAAGUUCAUGCAAGGAGCGGAUACAUUUGAAGAAGAGGAUGCAGAGUAUCUUGCUAAACUAAGUAAGCAGUGACGACAAAGUCAUUAUUUCUCAUUGUUUUUAAUUGUGAGUUGUGCCUUUUCCUUCCAAAUGAACAUAUACAAAUAACCAUAUAACAAGCGCAUGAACGGCAACUUAUUUCUACAGAGAGACUUUACAACGUUGACGAAGCGCUUCUCGUGUCCAUGGAGGAGAAGUACAGGAUGCUGAGUGAUGAGGUUGAGCGACUGGAGAAAGAAAGCCAAACGGUUAGUCCUUUGAAUCUAAGGACUAUAUAUACAGUGAAUUCGGAAAAGAUUCAGACCACUUGACUUUUUCCACAUUUUAUUACGUUACAGCCUUCUUCUAAAAUAGAUUAAAUAGUUUUUUUCCUUAUCAAUCUACACACAGUACCCCAUAAUGACAAAGCAAACAGGUUUUUAUAAAUUUUAGCACAUUUAUUACAAAUAAACUGAAAUAUCACAUUUAUGUAAGUAUUCAGACCCUUUACUCAGUACUUUGUUGAUGCACGUUUGGCAGUGAUUACAGCCUCGAGUCUUCUUGGGUAUGACGCUACAAUCUUGGCACACCUGUAUUUGGGGAAAUUCUCCCAUUCUUCUCUGGAGAUCCACUCAAGCUCUGUUAGGUUGGAUGGGGAGCGUCGCUGCACAGCUAUUUUCAAAUCAAAUCAAACAUUGAUGUGUAUGCCAAGGAACUUGACGCUUUUCACCUUCUCCACUGCGGUCCCGUCGAUGUGGAUAGGGGGGUGCACCCUCUGCUGUUUCCUGAAGUCCACGAUCAUCUCCUUUGUUAUGUUGACGUUGAGUGAAAGGUUAUUUUCCUGGCACCAAACUCCCAGAGCCCUCACCUCAUCCCUGUAGGCGGUCCGUCAUUGUUGGUAAUCAAGCCUACUACUGUUGUGUCGUGUGCAAACUUGAUGAUUGAGUUGGAGGCGUGCUUGGCCACGCAGUCAUGGGUGAACAGGGUGUACAGGAGGGGGCUGAGCAUGCACCCUUGUGGGGCCCCAGUGUUGAGGAUCAGCGAAGUGGAGAUGUUGUUUCCUACCUUCACCAGCUGGGGGCGGCCCGUCAGGAAGUCCAGGACCCAGUUGCACAGGGCGGGGUUCAGACCCAGGGCCUCGAGCUUAAUGAUGAGCUUGGAGGGUACUAUGGUGUUGAAUGCUGAGCUAUAGUCAAUGAACAGCAUUCUUACAUACAGUUGAAGUCGGAAGUUUACAUACACCUUAGCCAAACACAUUUAAACUCAGUUUUACAUAAUUCCUGACAUUUAAUCCUAGUAAAAAUUCCCUGUCUUAGGUCAGUUAGGAUCAUCACUUUAUUUUAAGAAUGUGAAAUGUCAGAAUAAUAGUAGAGUGAUUUAUUUCGGCUUUUAUUUAUUUCAUCACAUUCCCAGUGGGUCAGAAGUUUACAUACACUCAAUUAGUAUUUGGUAGCAUUGCCUUUAAAUUGUUUAACUUGGGUCAAAGGUUUCGGGUAGCCUUCCACAAGCUUCCCACAAUAAGUUGGGUGAAUUUUGGCCCAUUCCUCCUGACAGAUCUGGUGUAACUGAGUCAGGUUUGUAGGCCUCCUUGCUCGCACACACUUUUUCAGUUCUGCCCACAAAUUUUCUAUAGGAUUGAGGUCAGGGCUUUGUGAUGGCCACUCCAAUACCUUGACUUUGUUGUCCUUAAGCCAUUUUGCCACAACUUUGGAAGUAUGCUUGGGGUCAUUGUCCAUUUGGAAGACCCAUUUGCGACCAAGCUUUAACUUCCUGACUGAUGUCCUUGAGAUGUUGCUUCAAUAUAUCCACAUAAUUUUCCUUCCUCAUGAUGCCAUCUAUUUUGUGAAGUGCACCAGUCCCUUCUGCAGCAAAGCACCCCCACAGCAUGAUGCUGCCACCCUCGUGCUUCACGGUUGGGAUGGUGUUCUUCGGCUUGCAAGCGUUCCCCCUUUUCCUCCAAAAAUAACGAUGGUCAUAAUGGCCAAACAGUUCUAUUUUUGUUUCAUCAGACCGGAGGACAUUUCUCCAAAAAGUACGAUCUUUGUCCCCAUAUGCAGUUGCAAACCGUAGUCUGGGUUUUUUAUGGCGGUUUUGGAGCAGUAGCUUCUUCCUUGCUGAGCGGCCUUUCAGGUUAUGUCGACAUAGGACUCGUUUUACUGUGGAUAUAGAUACUUUUGUACCUGUUUCCUCCAGCAUCUUCACAAGGUCCUUUGCUGUUGUUCUGGGGUUGAUUUGCACUUUUCGCACCGAAGUACGUUAAUCUCUAAGAGACAGAACGCGUCUCCUUCCUGAGCGGUAUGACGGCUGCAUUGUCCCAUGGUGUUUAUACUUGCGUACUAUUGUUUGUACAGAUGAACGUGAUACCUUCAGGCAUUUGGAAAUUGCUCCCAAGGAUGAACCAGACUUGUGGAGGUCUACAAUAUUUUUUCUGAGGUCUUGGCUGAUUUCAUUUGAUUUUCCCAUGAUGUCAAGUAAAGAGGCACUGAGUUUGAAGGUAGGCCUUGAAAUACAUCCACAGGUACACCUCCAAUUGACUCAAAAUAUGUAAAUUAGCCUAUCAGAAGCUUCUAAAGCCAUGACAUCAUUUUCUGGAAUAUUCCAAGCUGUUUAAAGUCACAGUCAACUUGGUGUAUGUAAACUUCUGACCCACUGGAAUUGUGAUACAGUGAAGUAAUCUGUCUGUAAACAAUUGUUGGAAAAUUUACUCUGACGUACCGGAACACAUUGAGAGAAAAAAGUGUCAAACACAACGUAGCAGCCAAGUAGCCUACUAUCAAUGGUGGUGAAACACAGCACUCUCCAAGCUGCUGAUUAACUCAAAGCCUUUUAGACGUCAUUGCAAUAUGCCCACAUUCUUAAAAUAAAGUGAUGAUCCUACCUGACCUAAGACAGGGAAUUUUUACUAGGAUUAAAUGUCAGGAAUUGUAGAAAACUGAGUUUGAAUGUAUUUGGCUAAGGUGUAUGUAAACUUCCGACUUCAACUGUACUUGUGCGGGGCUUACACAAGUCCGACUUUCUCAUAGCCUAAUUUUCUAGACAUCAAUGUACAGCAACAUUUUUAGACAACACUGCAGAACACCCGCCAUAUGCACACAUACUCAGCUGUGGGGCUUACAAGACCCGAAUUUCAUAUACUUUUCAAGACGUCAAUGUAGCAGUAGAACAAAUAUCACAAUACAGGAAUAUAACUUCAAAUAAAAUAAAUCAAUGUAGGCUACAGCAGAACACACGUAUGAGAAUAUAUAGGCCUCCUGCCUAUGUGAUAAUAUGAAGCACAUAUUCAGAUUACAAACUUGUGCUGUGAAGGCAAAGGAAAUAAAUGUCCUACCUUUAGUUUUCAAAACCUCCCACAAUGACUCUCCCCUUGUCAAGUCCAUUUAACUCCUGAGAGUCAACUUCUUGCUCCAAGCCAUGAGCGGGCCUGUGGCUGUGAUGUUUAGCCUCCUUCUAAGGCUGUUCUGAAGACUCCAGCUGUAUAGUCUAUUUUUAUUUUGAGUGUUAACCUGGGUGUCCUCUUUAGCCUUGUCUACGAGGCUUGCUGCCACCAAAUGCGCCUUGGUUUAGGCAUGUUCAAAACCCUUUUUUCUGAGAGCUCUUAGUUUUUUAUUUUUUCGCCUGGUGCAUAGGAUGUUAAUUUACUGUACAUUCCACCCCCUCUUUUGCUAGUUUUAUCCCUCCAGUCGUUUCUAGACCCAAGCUCCCUUUUUGCAUGUUGUACAGCCCAACUUUGAAUUCUGCAUGACAAGACAGGGGUUAUACGUUUGCUUGUUCUUCAACUGCAAAUUGCACCUGCUCCGAGCACUUUGUCGGUGGGUGCACUGUCCCCCUCCCCCCAGCUCCCUGUCUCCCGCUGAGUGUGACUCGCUAGUAGGCCUGCUAGCUAGUGGAGGUGCGGGUGGUGAUGCUGAACUGGCGGGAUUAGCAUCACCAUCAGGAACAGUUUGGCCCUCAUUCCUCUCCUCCGGCAGUGAAAGUUAUCUUCCCACGAAUCAAAUUCAGUAGGGAGACGACUAGACUAGCCUACAUGACGUGAUUACGUAGGGACCUCUUCACUAGCUGACCACAACUACCUAGACCUGUGUCAAGAUCAGUUACUUACCCCACUGGCCCUCCCCAUAGCCUCUAUGUACAAAUAAGAGAGCAGGUCUGGAAUCAGUGUGGCAGGAUAGGAUUAUUACAUAGAAGGAUCACCGCGCUUUUACAUUAUCACCUUUCUGGGGGGGUGGGAGAAAUAACGAGGAGGCAACUUGAUUUAAUGCUGACCACUUUUAUUAGAAUGUCUACAGUGCUAACAGUGAAAUAAUGAAUAAAUCAUGCCGCGAGAGGUACCGGAUCUGGACAAAUAGGUGCCGGAACAAACAAAGUCAAAUCUGAGAGGUGACAGGAUCCGUCUCAAAUUAAGCACUGGGUAUGACGCUACAAACUCGGCACACCUGUAUUUGGGGAGGUUCUCCCAUUCUUCUCUGCAGAUCUCUUCAAGCUCUGUCAGGUUGGAUGGGGAGCAUAGCUGUACAGACCUUUCGGUUACUGGCACAACGCUCUUACCUACUAAGCUACCUGCCGCCGAUGUAGCGCUUGGCAUUCAGGCCAAAGAUUUCAAUCUUGGUUUCAUCAGACCAGAGAAUCUUGUUUCUCAUGGUCUGAGAGUCCUUUUAGGUGCCUUUUGACAAACUCCAAGCGGGCUGUCAUGUGCCUUUUACUGAGGAGUGGCUUCUGUCUACCACAAAGGCCUGAUUGGUGGAGUGCUGCAGAGAUGAUUGUCCUUCUGGAAGGUUGUCCCAACUCCACAGAGGAACUCUGGAGCUCUGUCAGAGUGACCGUCGGGUCCUUGGUCACCUCCCUGACCAAGGCCCUUCUCCCCCGAUCGCUCAGUUUGGCCGGGCGGACGGCUCUAUAGACGUGGCGCUGACGAAGAUGGCGGCCUCGCGAGUAGCUCUUAGGAAACUUUGCGGUAUUUUGGUUUUUUAUGUAUUAUUUUUUACAUUAUUAGCUCAAAGUGUUUUGUAGCAUUACAUUCAGCCGGGAAAAACGAUUGGAUAUCAGAGCGGCGGUAACUCACCAGCAUUACGACCAGGAAUACGACUUUCCCGAAGCAGAUCCUUUGUUUGCUCUCCCCAGGGCAAUUGAACUGAUUCCAGCGGCUGACCCAAAACAUUGCCGGCGGAGGAGAGGCACUCGGAGCGGCCCGCUUGUUCGACUUAGGAGGCGCGCACACCAUCCACCGCUUCCAAGUAUACUACUCGCUAAUGUUCAGUCUUUGGAUAACAAAGUCUACGAGCUCAGAGCUCAAGGAUUUCUUUCCAGAGAGACAUCAGGGCCUGUAACAUACUUUGUUUCACGGAAACAUGGCUCUCUGGGGAUAUUCUGUCGAAAUCGGUCCAGCCAGAUAUAAAUAUCUCUCCGGGAAGCAGAAGGGCGGAGGUGUGUGUUUCAUGAUUAACGACUCAUGGUGUAAUUGUAGUAACAUAAAGGAAAUCAAGUCCUUUUGUUCAAUCGACCUUGAAUACCUCCCAAUCAAAUGCAGACCGUAUUAUCUCCCAAGAUAAUUUUCUAUGGUUAUAGUCACGGCCGUGUAUAUCCCCCCUCAAGCCGAUACCACGACGGUAGACGAAUACACUGAAAUGGUGACUGAGUUUAUCAGGAAGUGUAUAGGAGAUGUUGUGCCCACUAUAACUAUUAAAACCUACCCUAACCAGAAACCGUGGAUAGAUGGCAGCAUUCGAGCAAAACUGAAAGCGCGAACCACUGCAUUUAACCAUGGCAAGUUGACUGGGAAUAUGGCAGAAUACAAACAGUGUAGCUACUCACUCCGCAAGGCAAUUAAACUGGCAAAACAUCAGUAUAGAGACAAAGUGGAGUCGCAAUUCAAUGGCUCAGACGAGAUGUAUGUGGCAGGGUCUACAGACAAUCACGGACUACAAAAGGAAAACCAGCCACGUCGCCAACACCGAUGUCUCGCUUCCAGACAAGCUAAACACUUUCUUCGCCCGCUUUGAGGAUAACACCGUGCCGGCCCAGACGGCCCGUAGCACUCACCUCUGUCAUCAUGAAGUGCUUUGAGAGACUAGUCAAGGAUCAUAUCACCUCUACCUUACCUGUCACCCUAGACCCACUUCAAUUUUCUUACCGCCCCAAUAGAUCCUCAGACGAUGCAAUCGCCAUCACACUGCACACUGCCAUAUCCCAUCUGGACAAGAGGAAUACCUAUUUAAGAAUGCUUUUCAUUGACUAUAGCUCAGCAUUCAACACCAUAGUACCCUCCAAGCUCAUCAUUAAGCUUGAGGCCCUGGGUCUGAACCCCGCCCUGUGCAACUGGGUCCUGGACUUCCUGACGGGCCGCCCCCAGGUGGUGAAGGUAGGAAACAACAUCUCCACUUCGCUGAUCCUCAACACUGGGGCCCCACAAGGGUGCAUGCUCAGCCCCCUCCUGUACUCCCUGUUCACCCAUGACUGCGUGGCCAAGCACGCCUCCAACUCAAUCAUCAAGUUUGCAGACGACACAACAGUAGUAGGCUUGAUUACCAACAAUGACGGACCGCCUACAGGGAGGAGGUGAGGGCUCUGGGAGUGUGGUGCCAGGAAAAUAACCUCUCACUCAACAUCAACAAAACAAAGGAGAUGAUCAGGAAACAGCAGAGGGUGCACCCCCCCUAUCCACAUCGACGGGACCGCAGUGGAGAAGGUGGAAAGCUUCAAGUUCCUUGGUGUACACCACUGACAACCUGAAAUUAUCCACCCACGCAGACAGUGUGUUGAAGGCGCAACAGAGCCUCUUCAACCUCAGGAGGCUUGGCACCUAAAACCCUCACAAACUUUUACAGAUGCAAGAUUGAGAGCAUCCUGUCGGGCUGUAUCACCGCCUGGUACGGCAACUGCACCGCCCGCAACCGCAGGGCUCUCCAGAGGGUGGUGUGGUCUGCCCAACGCAUCACUGGGGGCAAACUACCCGCCCUCCAGGACACCUACAGCAACCGAUGUCACAGGAAUGCCAAAAAGAUCAAGGACAUCAACCACCCGAGCCACUGCCUGUUCACCCCGCUAUCAUCCAGAAGGCGAGGUCAGUACAGGUGCAUCAAAGCUAGGACCGAGAGAAUGAAAAACAGCUUCUAUCUCAAGGCCAUCACUGUUAAAUAGCCAUCACUAGCACAUUAGAGGCUGCUGCUGCCUAUUGAAAUACUGGCCACUUUAAGAAAUGGAACACUAGUCACUUUAAUAAUGUUUACAUAUCUUGCACUACUCAUCUCAUAUGUGUAUAUACUGUAUUCUAUAAUAUUCUACUGUAUCUUAGUAUAUGCCGCUCUGUCAUUGCUUGUCCAUAUGUAUAUAUUCUUAAAUUCCUUACUUAGAUUUGUGUGUAUUGGGUAUAUGUUGUGAAAUUGCUAGAUAUUACUUGUUAGAUAUUACUGCACUGUCAGAGCUAGAAGCACAAGCAUUUCGCUACACCCGCAAUAACAACUGCUAAACACGUGUAUGUGACAAAUAAAAUGUGAUUUGAUUUGGUGGUUCCAACCUUCUUCCAUUUAAGAAUGAUGGAGGCUACUGUGUUCUUGGGGACCUUCAAUGCUGCAGACAUUUUUUGGUACCCUUCCCCAGGUCUGUGCCUCAACACAAUCCUGUCUCGGAGCUCUAUAGACAAUUCCUUCAACCUCAUGGCUUGGUUUUUGCCCUGACAUGCACUGUCAACUGUGGGACCUUAUAUUGACAGGUGUGUGCCUUUCCAAAUCAUGUCCAAUCAAUUUAAUUUACCACAGGUGGACUCUAAUCAAGGGGUAGAAACAUCUCAAGGAUGAUCAAUGGAAACAGGAUGCACCUGAGCUCAAUUUCGAGUCUCAUAGCAAAGUGUGUGAAUACUUAUGUAAAUAAGGUAUUUCUGUUUUUUAUAUUUAAUAAAUGUGCAAAAAUGUAUAUAAAAAAAACGCUUUUCUCGUUGUCAUUAUGGGGUAUUGAGGAGAAAAAAAAUAUUUAAUACGUAACAAAAUAUGGAAAAGGUUAAGGGGUCUGAAUACUUUCCGAAUGCAUUGUAUUCACAGAUUUGUCCAUUUACUGCGCUGAUUAUUGAACACGCCUCACCUAGUUUAAGCAGUUGAUGAGUCGUGAGAGUGCCAAUUACGUUUGAACGGAGCCGUUUGGUUCACUAUAUUUUGUAACCAUUUUAUUCCCUUUCGAGCAGGACCGAUUGAUGGUCAAAAGAACAGAGAAAGUCAAACUUCAGACAGACCUGCAGAAGCUGCAGAGUUAUCGAAGUAACCUGGAGUCUUUCAAAGCCAACCUGGAGAACAAAGCCUCUGGAUUGGCCGAGGAGCUGGAAUCAUCAGGUAAAACAACAUUUCCAAGACCAAUCAUUGCUACUCUCGUGACGUGGCUGGGCUAGCGGUAAUGCUGCGACCUUCAGGACUAAUUUCUCUUUCUACAGUGUCUGCAUAUGUGGUCUACUACCAUUUGACACAACAUCUCUAUCUGUCCCCACUGUCAUCCUCUCAUACUAUCUGUUCAAAUGAAAUCUGAAAAUCCCUUAAAAUAUACAUUUUAAAAUUACUGCUCUCCUGGAAAUGUUGAAAUGUUAACAUAACCCACACUGCCCUUUUUUGUCCUGUGUAGGACUGCAGGUGGAGACCCUAAAACAGGAGGAGUCCCGGCUCCAACACAUCUUGUCCACCCAGAAGUUCACCCCCGCAGACAUUGACAGGAUCAACUGGGAGAAGAGGGAACUGCAGCAGACCAUCAACAGCCUGAGCAAGAGCCUGGAGCAGGCCGAGCAGCACAUGUGGAACGAGGAGAUCACUCUGGCCAAGGUCAAAGAGACGGUAAGAGAAUAGGAUGCUGGCCUGAUACGACUGCAUUCUAUAGUCAUCUGUUGACUAAAUAAAGGUUAAAUCAUAUGUAUAAAUGUGACAUAAAUAAGGUUCGAUAAGUAUUUUUUAAAUGACUAGCUAGCUAUGAGCCUGUGCUGAAACUGUCUUCUCAGUCUAAACCACUGCUAAUGAAAAGAGCUAUGACUGGGGGGAAAAAUCUCCCUCUGUUUUAGGCCGAAGUGAAGCUAGCCGAGUACCACAAGCUUGCCCGCAAACUGAAGCUCAUCCCUGUGUCUGCUGAAAACGCGUGCGGCCACGACUUUGAGAUCAGGACCUCCACAGAAUAUGGACCGUCCACCAUGGUUCAAUGCAGAACUCAGAUUCAAGUAUGCCGAUUUAGUUCUCAUCGAACAAUCGCUUUAUUACCACAGGUGUGUGUCGUAUUUGGACUCAUUCUGUGGCUUGUUCUCUACAGCAACCACUGAGGAAACUGAUCACUGAUGUGGAAGAGGAGUGUAGUCGACUGACAGACAUGAAACUAAGCCUGGAGGAGUCAAUAGAACAGGUACCGAGUCAUUUCAGUGUGUUUCUUAUAAGGUUUUGUCCCAUUUUUGGGGUGCUUUUUAACAUGGACUCUUUCUCUUUCAGGUGAAUUCCAAUAUUUCCGAAAAAGCAAAUGACUUGAAACAACUCAGAGAGCAAAUCCGCAGGCUCGACGAGCAGCUCGAACAAGACAUACAGGUGAGUGUUAGACUUUCAAUAAUACAAAUGUUUGGUUAUUGUAUACAGAAACCCCUCUGAAAUAUUGUUACACACAGGCUAGUCAUUUAUUGGUAAGAAAGUGCUGUCAAAAUGAAUCAUUGGUGUCAUCAUUGGUCCAUCAAAGGUUUUCUUAGAGAGCUCAUUAUCUUAUGAGGACCACAAUGGAAACAACUUUUCUUGUUAUCCUCAAUUAUUUUAACUGCAUUGUAUCCACAUCCGCGGUUUAAUAAUUUGUCAAUUAAAUCAAAUACAAAAAUGACUUCCCUCUCUCCAUGGUGUGUGUGUGUAGGACAUUGCCCAUGAGGAGCAGAAGUGGUCUGCUGAGAUGGAGUCUGUGGAGAACCACCGCAAGCUGCUGGAGAAGAAGGUGACCCUGGGCUAUGACGAGGCUGUGGAGCAGCUGAAAGCUGCACAGCAACAGUGAGUAGUGCACCUCCUACCAAUUCCUUUGGACCCAAUCACAAUGGUGAGGGGUACAGGGCUGAGUUGUACAUUUUAUUGUCACGUGCACAAGUACAGUGAAAUGCCUUUCUUGCAAGCUCUUUCCCAACAUUGCAGUAAUCAAUAUCAGUAGUAAAAAAUAUUAUACUAAAAUAAAGUAGAGAAAUAGAAAUAUGAAUAACAGGAGAAAGUAAGUAAUCUACUGUAUAUCCAGGGUCAGUGCCAAUACCAUAUUUCCAAUGUGCAGGGAUACUGGAGUGGUAUUUCUAGGGGUAAGGUGACUAGGCAUCAGGAUGUGUGUGUGUUGGGAGUGUGUAGAGUCCUGUGAGGUAGAUAGAUAGAUAGUCUGUGUAGCCUUCUUGGUAUCUCUUUAGCAGUCUUAUGGCUUAUGGAAGCUGUUGAGGAGCCUAUUGGUGUCAGACCUGUUGCUCCAGUACCGCUUGCAGUGCGGUAGCAGAGAAGUCUAUGGCUUGGAUGGCUGGAGUCUUUAACACCACCUGGGAUAGAGGUCCUGGAUGGCAUGGAGCUCAGCCCCAGUGAUGUACUGGGCUGUCUGCUCCAUCCUCUGUAGCGCCAUGAGAUCGAGGGCGGUGCAGUUGCCAUACCAAGUGGUGAUGCAGCCAAUCAAGAUGCUCUCAAUGGUGCGGUUGUAUAACUUUUUGAGGAUUUGAGGGCAUAUGCUAUCUUCUCAACCUACUGAGGGGGAAGAGGCUGUCGUGCCUACUUCACGACUGUGUGUGUGGACCAUUUUAAGUCCUUAGUCAUUUGGAUCCAGAGGAACUUGAAGCUCUCGACCCGCUUCACUAUGGUAAGAGGUACAGGGCUAAAGAUACAAGCUAAAGUUACAAGUCCCUUCGCUUGAUGUGUUCAUGGUUCCGUGAUUUACAUACUUACGCAGGAGCGCAGUGACAUCAUCAAAGGCAGACACUCCGCAUUAAAAAGAUGGAUUGGGGGUUGACUAGCGUCCUGUCAAGGGGGUGUACUUUUACAUCAAGCUGGCACACACUACAGAAACAGGAUUUCUACACACUGGCGCCGGAGAAAAUGGCUGCCGUUUUACAGCCCUCUAACUAAUUGUACUAUUAUGUGUGUUUUUUCGCAUUAUUUGUAAUUUAUUCUGUACAUAAUGAUCAAAUCAAAUCAAAUUGUAUUUGCCACAUGCGCCGAAUACAACAGGUGUAGACAUUACAGUGAAAUGCUUACUUACAAGCCCUUAACCAACAAUGCAAAGUAAAAAAAAAAAAAAAAAAAAGUGGUAAGCAAAAAAAAUAAAAGCAAAUGACUAAAGAGCAGCAGUAAAAUAAAAUAACAGUAGGGAGGCUAUAUACAGGGGGGUACCGGUGCAGAGUCAAUGUGCGGGGGCACCGGCUAGUUUCUGCCAUCGUCUCUUAUAACCAAAAAGAGCUUCUGGAUAUCAGGACAGCGAUUACUCACCUCGUAUUGGAUGAAGAUUUUUUCUUCAACGAGUCGGACACGAAGGAUAUCCUACAGACACCCGACAAGGCCCAAAUCCCUGUCAUUCGCAGGAGAAAGAGACAGAGAUAUCAUGGACGUAGUUCGGGGUGCCUUGUAAGGAUCCGACGGUGAGCAAGUAAACUGCCUCUUCCAUUAAUCCUAUUAGCCAAUGUUCAAUCAUUUGAAAAUAAAUUAGAUAACCUAAGAUUACGGUUAUCCCACCAACGGGACAUUAAAAACUGUAAUAUCUUAUGUUUCACCGAGUCGUGGCUGAACGACGACAUGGACAACAUUCAGCUGACGGGAUAUACGCUACAUCGGCAGGAUAGAACAGCUGACUCCGGUAAGACAAGGGGUGGCGGUCUGUGUAUAUUUGUAAACAACAGCUGGUGCACAAAAUCAAAUACUAAGGAAGUCUCGAGGUUUUGCUCGCCUGAGGUAGAGUAUCUUAUGAUAAGCUGUAGACCACACUCUUUACCAAGAGAGUUUUCAUCUAUAUUUUUCAUAGCUGUCUAUUUACCACCACAAACCAAUGCUGGCAUUAAGACUGCACUCAAUGAGCUGUAUAAGGCCAUAAGUAAACAGGAAAACGCUCAUCCAGAGGCAGUGCUCCUAGUGGCCGGGGACUUUAAUGCAGGGAAACUUAAAUCCGUUCUACCUAAUUUGUACCAGCAUGUUAAAUGUGCAACCAGAGGUAAAAAAACUCUAGACCACCUUUACUCCACACACAGAGACACAUACAAAGCUCUCCCUCGCCCUCCAUUUGGCAAAUCUGACCAUAACUCUAUCCUCCUGAUUCAUGCUUAUAAGCAAAAACUAAAGCAGGAAGCACCAGUGACUCGGUUAAUGGAAAAAGCGGUCAGAUGACGCAGAUGUUAAGCUACAGGACUGUUUUGCUAGCACAGACUGGAACAUGUUCCUGGAUUCUUCAGAUAGCAUUGAGGAGUACACCACAUCACUCACUGGCUUCAUCAAUAAGUGCAUCGAUGACGUCGUCCCCACAGUGACCGUACGUACAUACCCCAACCAGAAGCCAUGGAUUACAGGCAACAUCCGCACUGAGCUAAAGGGUAGAACUGCCGCGUUCAAGGAGCGGGACUCUAACCCGGACGUUUAUAAGAAAUCCCGCUAUGGCCUCCGAUGAACCAUCAAACAGACAAAGAGUCAAUACAGGACUAAGAUUGAAUCGUACUACACCGGCUCAGGCACUCAACGGAUAUGGCAGGGCUUGAAAACUAUUACAGACUACAAAGGGAAGCACAGCCGCGAGCUGCCCAGUGACACUAGCCUAACAGACAAGCUAAACCACUUCUAUGCUCGCUUCGAGGCAAGCAACACUGAAGUAUGCAUGAGAGCACCAGCUUUUCCGGAUGACUAUGUGAUCACGCUCUCCGUAGCCGAUGUGAGUAAGACUUUUAAGCAGGUCAACAUUCACAAGCCCGCAGGGCCAGACGGAUUACCAGGACGUGUACUCCGAGCAUGCACUGACCAACUGGCAAGUGUCUUCACUGACAUUUUCAACCUGUCCCUGACUGAGUCUGUAAUACCAACAUGUUUCAAGCAGACCACCAUAGUCCCUGUGCCCAAGAACACUAAGGUAACCUGACUAAAUGACUACAGACCUGUAGCACUCACGUCUGUAGCCAUGAAGUGCUUAGAAAGGCUGGUCAUGGCUCACAUCAACACCAUUAUCCCAGAAACCCUAGACCCACUCCAAUUUGCAUACCGCCCCAACAGAUCCACAGAUGAUGCAAUCUCUAUUGCACUCCACACUGCCCUUCCCCACCUGGACAAAAGGAACACCUACGUGAGAAUGCUAUUCAUUGACUACAGCUCAGCAUUCAACACCAUAGUGCCCUCAAAGCUCAUCACUAAGCUAAGGAUCCUGGGACUAAACACCUCCCUCUGCAACUGGAUCCUGACUUCCUGACGGGCCGCCCCCAGUUGGUAAGGGUAGGUAACAACACAUCUGCCACGCUGAUCCUCAACACGGGGGCCCCUCAGGGGUGCGUGCUCAGUUCCCUCCUGUACUCCCUGUUCACCCAUGACUGCAUGGCCAGGCACGACUCCAACACCAUCAUUACGUUUGCCGACGACACAACAGUGGUAGGCCUGAUCACCGACAACGAUGACAAGCCUAUAGGGAGGUCAGAGACCUGGCCGUGUGGUGCCAGGAUAACAACCUCUCCCUCAAUGUGACCAAGACAAAGGAGAUGAUUGUGGUCUACAGGAAAAAAAAGAGGACUGAGCACGCCCCCAUUCUCAUCGACGGGGCUGUAGUGGAACAGGUUGAGAGCCUCAAGUUCCUGGUGUCCACAUCACCAACGAACUAUCAUGGUCCAAACACACCAAGACAGUCGUGAAGAGGGCACGACAAAGCCUAUUCCCCCUCAGGAGACUGAAAAGAUUUGGCAUGGGUCCUCAUAUCCUCAAAAAGUUCUACAGCUGCACCAUCGAGAGCAUCCUGACUUGUUGCAUCACUUCCUGGUAUGGCAACUGCUUGGCAUCUGACAACAAGGCACUACAGAGGGUAGUGUGUACAGCCCAGUACAUCACUGGGGCCAAGCUUCCUGCCAUCCAGGACCUCUAUACCAGGCGGUGUCAGAGGAAGGCCCUCAAAAUUGUCAAAGACUCCAGCCACCCUAGUCAUAGACUGUUCUCUCUGGUACCGCACGGCAAGUGGUACCGGAGCACCAAGUCUAGGUCCAAAAGGCUUCUCAACAGCUUCUACCCCAAGCCAUAAGACUCCUGAACAGCUAAUCAUGGCUACCCGGACUAUUUGCACUGCCCCCCCACCAUAUAUUUUUACACUGCUGCUACUCUGGUAAUUAUUUAUGCAUAGUCACUUUAACUCUACCCACAUGUACAUAUUACCUCAACUAGCCGGUGCCCCCGCACAUUGACUCUGCACCGGUACCCCCCCUGUAUAUAUAGCCUCCCUACUGUUAUUUUAUUUUACAUUUUACAUUUACAUUUUAGUCAUUUAGCAGACGCUCUUAUCCAGAGCGACUUACAGUUAGUGAAUACAUAUUUUUUUUAUUUUAUACUGGCCCCCCAUGGGAAUUGAACCCACAACCCUGGCGUUGCAAACGCCAUGCUCUAUCAACUGAGCUACAUCCCUGCCGGCCAUUCCCUCCCCUACCCUGGACGACGCUGGGCCAAUUGUGCGCCGCCCAUGAGUCUCCCGGUCGCGGCCGGCUGCGACAGAGCCUGGAUUCGAACCAGGAUCUCUAGUGGCACAGUUAGCACUGCGAUGCAGUGCCUUAGACCACUGCGCCACUCAGGAGAGUUACUUUUUUAAUUUUAUUUCUGCAAAAAAAAAUUCUCAACACUUUUUUGUUGUUGUUUUAUUUUACUUUUUUAUUAAAAAAUAAAUGUUUUGUUGGUUAAGGGCUGUAAGUAAGCAUUUCACGGUAAUGUCUACACCUGUUGUAUUCGGCGUAUGUGGCAAAUAAAAUUUGAUUUGAUUUGGUAUAUGCUCCUGCCCUAUGAGCCGUUCUGGGUCGGACAAUGCUACAAUAUUUGCGUAUGGUAUGUUCCGGGCUUAACAAUUAUUUCAGAACCACAUGAAGUUUGUUCACAGCUAAAAAUAGACCUCCCCCCACCACAGUAUUUAUGUCAUUGUACUCCACAGGUACCAUCUUGUCCUGCAAGAAACCAAUGAGGAGCGGCGGACUGUGGUUCACAACCUUGCCAGUGUGUUCACCACGGCUGCCAACCACCUGUCCAUUGUGGAGGUCAGUCUCCAUAUUGCCUCUAACCUGUCGUUCACAAAGCAACAGGCCUCGUGCACAUCUCGCCUUUAUUUAUGAAUGUAUUUUGUCCAUUGCCAUGAUAUUCCCUUUUACAAUAACAACUUGAUUUGACAAUGACUGUCUGAGCCUGAAUUUCACAUUUUGAUCAUUUCCAGAAAUUCUUGGAGGAUCAACACAAGCGAGUAGACAGGGUGUACACGGAAGCCUUCCGGGAGGACGAGGUGGACAUUCAGAAGUUGAAGGACAUGAUGGAGAGCUUCAUCACUAAAGCAAACAGCUUGUAGUGCCGCGCGUUACUAUAAAAGCUGCCAUGAGCUCUCUAACUCUUUACUUGGUUAUUCAAUUAAUUCCAUUGGAACAAUCCCAGUGGGCAAAACUUGGUUUAAUGACGUUGUUACAACAGAAACUUGUUGAAAUUACGUUGUUACAACAGAAGCUAGUUGUAAGGACAUUGUGACAACCAGAAACUAGUUGGAAUGACGUUGUGACAACAGAAAGUAGUUGAAAUGACGUUGUGACAACCAGAAACUAGUUGUAAUGACAUUGUGACAACAGAAACUAGUUGUAAGGACGUUGUGACAACCAGAAACUAGUUGUAAGGACGUUGUGACAACCAUAAACUAGUUGAAUGACGUUGUGACAACAGAAAUUAGUUGAAAUGACGUUGUGACAACCAGAAACUAGUUGGAAUGAUGCCAUUGACAUAUUUUCAACCAGUUUUGCCUGUUGG